AUACCCAAGAAAUCUAGUUUCCAAAGCUACUCUUUGGAUUGGUAAUGUGCUCUAAAUAAUUAUUUUAGAUGAUAAUACUUUGGUUGUGUAAGGAAACGUGUUCUAAAUUAUUAUAGGCCUCAUUGCAAACAUUCACCUUCGUUUGCCAGAGCUCUUUAAGUCUUUGUUAAGUCCAUAGUGACUCAGCUGUGGUAGCAGAUUUCUUUCCUAGAAGUGUCCUUAGUAAAUGCUUCCUUCUUCCUGUCCAAAUGGUAAUGUGUGUUUCUCUGGGGCAUUUUGAUAACAUAGAGCAGAGCUAAAUUUUAUUCAGUUGCCUUUCCAUGUUAUAUUCUUUGCCUUAUUUUGCAUCUUCCUUUUUUUCUAGCAGAUGAAUAAACACCUAUAUAACAAUGAAAGACAGAAAUAUUUAAGUAUUGUGUCGAUGAAAAUUUCUCUUUCUGGAUGAUACGCUAAACCUUUGAUGCCUAACUCAGUGGCACUUUAUGAGUAGACACACCAUGUACUUCCUUUUAAAAAAUACAGGGAAAUACGGAAAUAAAACUGGAUUAACGGCCUUUGGGAGAGAAAAUCAACCAUUGUGGGUAGGUUUUAUAUCAUCAGUAUUCUUUUUAUACUAUUUUUAGUUGGGUUCCUAGGGCCCUUUCUUGUCUCAAAUUAUCAUGAUGUAGAUUCACAUUUCAUAAGUAGCAGCAGCUCCAUUAGUCUUGGUGAGAUCCAAUCGAGACUUUUAGCACUUUACACAUGGAGGCCAGAGACAUUUAUGUUCAAUGUCAGAAUCUUUGGCCUUGGUUUCCUAGCUGGUGGGAAACAAAACAAAACAGAACACUGAGAUUCACCCCCAAGACAGUGUACCAGUAGCAGUGUGGCUGCUUGUGACUAUGCUUGUGAGUUCAUAUGUUAUCCUUUAGCUUUGAGGUCAUAUUGUGCCACUGACAUGAUUGUAUAGCAAAAACGUGGACAGAGUGUAGAAUCUUCCAAUAGAGAUAUUUGUUGAGUUCUGCAAAAGUAUUUGAUAAGAGAUCUACUUAUUGGUGCUAAUGAUUAAGUGUGCACAUUGAAGUUUUUCUUAAUAGCUGUUUUUAAAAAAUGAAUUGUGCCAAACUAAUAUGACUAUAUUUAAUCUUUCCCUGGACACACUUUCUCUUCCUCUUUCAAAAUAUUGUUUGAUUAAUAAUGGAUGUCAAGGUCUGCAGAGAAAUUAGCUUCCCUCAAUGUCAGUCCUAUCUUUACUGCUAACAGACAUACUCUAUUUGUAUAGUCAAUGAAAGAUGGAGAAAGUGAGGCAGAAGUAAACCAAGCAGGAUCCCCUACUUUAAACCGUCAAAACAUUAAAGCAACAAACUUCUUAGCAAGCUUAAAUUAAAUAAAUGCAAUACAAGGGUUUAUGUGAUGAAUCAAAAUUAGCACUGUGAUUUUACUUUUUGAUAUAAAAAUAAUGUCACUGAGUUCACCACUUUUGCCUCACAUCUGAUCACAGCACUAAUUUUUAAUUAUCUUUUUUUUUGUUUUAGCUUGCCACUUUGUUGGAAAUAUCUCCUUUACUUGCUAUUAAAAGAAAGUAUGUAGCAUUCUUACAUGUGCUUUCAGGCUUUAAAGAACAUGCCUUUUUAUGAAUUUUAGAUUUAAUUUUUAGUUUAGUGUGCUACCCACUACCAUUAUAUGUGUAGUUCAGUGAUUAUAUCCAUCUUAUACAACAUAGAAAUCACCCAUAACAGCAUUUAAGUUAGUAAAUUCACAGUUUGCUCUAAGCUCUUAUCUAAUUGGCUGCCUGAUCUUGCAUGUCAUAAUUACAUUACACAACAGUAAGCAGUAUGUAGAGUUAACAGUAGGGGAUUUAUUUAAAUCUAAAGUUUUUCUCCUCUCUCUAAUAAGACAUCUGAAACUCAUAAGCCAUAUUUAAGAACUUUUCUUACAAAAACAUGCUGGAAGACAGUGGAUCUUGUUUGGAUCCUGAAGAUUUUUUUCUCUUUGUUAUUUUAAAUUAACUAUGAACAGACGUGGAACUGUUUGUUGGGUUGGUUGUUAAGUCACUAGGAGAAGAGAGAGAUGCACCUACUCAAGAUUGGCACUUGGAGAAACAACACUGCGUCUUCCUGGCUUAUGAAGUUCAGCGUUCUUUGGCUCAUUGGUCAGAAGUGUUGCAGAGCAAGUAUUUGGAUAGCUUACAUGAACAUAUCAUUUCAUGUUGGGAAUCAUCGUGUGUUGUCAAAGUUGGGAGAGACUGGAAUCUUUGGAAGAAGCUCCACUUUGAAGAGAGUGGCAGGAGUUAUAGUACCACCGGAGGGAAAUAGCCAAAAUGCUUGUAAUCCCAAUACCAUUUUCAGCCGAUCAAAGUACUCAGAGACCUGGCUUGCCCUUAUUGAACGUGGAGGUUGUACCUUCACACAGAAAAUUAAAGUGGCAACCGAGAAGGGAGCCAGUGGAGUGAUCAUCUAUAACUUUCCAGGAACUGGCAACCAGGUGUUCCCCAUGUUUCAUCAGGCAUUUGAAGAUGUCGUUGUGGUUAUGAUUGGUAACUUAAAAGGCACAGAAAUUUUCCAUUUGAUUAAGAAGGGAGUUCUCGUUACGGCCAUGGUUGAGGUGGGAAGAAAGCACACCAUCUGGGUGAAUCACUAUUUGGUCUCUUUUGUGAUUGUCGCAACUGCUACCUUAGCAUACUUCAUCUUUUACCGCAUUCAUGGACUUUGGGUAGCGAGGAUUCAGAACUGGAGAUGGCAGCGAUUAGCAGCAGAUCUUAAGUAUGCAUUUGGACAACUCGAACUUCGAGUGUUAAAAGAGGGGGAUGAGGAAAUAAAUCCAAAUGGGGAUCGCUGCAUUGUUUGCUUUGAAUUCUAUAAGCCUAAUGACAUAGUUCGUAUUCUGACUUGUAAACAUUUUUUCCACAAGAAUUGCAUUGACCCCUGGAUUUUACCCCAUGGGACAUGCCCCGUUUGCAAAUGUGAUAUUCUUAAAGCUUUGGGGAUUCAAGUGGAUAUUGAAAAUAGAACAGAACCUCUGCAAGUUCUAACUUCAAAUGAACUGCCUGAAACCUUAUCACCUAGUGAAGAGGAGACAAAUAACGAAGUUUCUCCUGCAGGAACCUCAGAUAAAGUAAUCCAUGUGGAGGUAAAUCCUGCUUCUCAGAAUAAUGACAGCCAGCCUCAUUUAAUAGUGGAAGAUGUUCAUCCUUCACCUUGAUGGCAUGACUUUUGAGGAAGUGGAUUAAACCUGAAUGUCAAAUCAGGUUCUAAUACUGAUAAGCAGUUCGUCUGUU